AUGGCCAUCCAACAAAUCCAAGAAGCUACCAAAAAAGGCAAAAUUGAAUUAUCAUCCACCUCGCAAACGGACAUCAACCUCCCCUUCAUCACCGCCGAUACCACAGGUCCCAAGCACAUUAAUACCAAACUUGGUCGGGCCAAGUUUGAAUCCCUGGUUUCCAAGCUGGUCACUUGGACUGUAGAACCUUGCAAGGAGGCCAUCACUGACGCUGGUGUCAAGAAAGACGAGAUCAACAACGUUCUACUGGUUGGAGGUAUGACCCAAAUGCCCCGAGUUAUUGAAACCGUCAAAUCACUAUUCAGCCGAGAUCCAAGCAAAGGUGUGAACCCCGAUGAGGCAGUGGCUGUUGGCGCUUCAAUCUAG